UAAUAUUUAGAUUCAUAAAAUAUGAUUUAAAACUAUAAUCAUUAAGUUAAUUCUAACCCAUAUUCGGGCUCUAAUAAUUAGUUUUAUCAUAAUUAGGGAGUGCAGCAUUAGUAAUUAGAGAAUGCUUAGAAUCAAAGGAAUUUUAGAAGUCCUAAAAGCUUAGAAAAUAUGAAAAAUUUAGAAUAGUCAAAUUAUUAAAUAAAUAAAGACACUAUUAACAACAUAAAUAAAUUACCAACUACAAUUUCUUUCAACUAAGAGGGAUAGUUUUCUAUUGCAAAAUCUAUCGUAGAGAAAGAUAGUUUUAACAACUCGAAGAAUUCAUAAAUUCCUCUACUUUCUACUUAUUAAGGGGAUCCUUAAGAGCUUGUCAAUAUGCUCUCUGGAAGAGUUUAUUAGUUAGUAGAGGAAGUUCAUAAAUUAUCUUCUAUAAUCGAAGAAAUGACUACAAACUAAUAAAUUCUUUCUGAAAAAUAUGUGCAACUCAGGGCUAUUUAUUAUCAAGUUUUGAUUGAUAGAAAUUUGAAUCCUUCAGAAAAAGAACAACAUUGGUUUAUUAUGAACAAUGCUCAAAAAGGUUUAAGUAAUAGUUCUCCUAACUCCCCAAGAAAAUAAUAAGAAAUAGCAGAUCAAAUAAGAAUAACAUCCAAUAAUACUUCUCCUUAUCAUUCUAAUUAGCAAAGCUAAUAAGGACUAUCAUCACUACCUUAAUAAGGAGCAUUAAGAAAUGUUUAAUAUAAUGAUGAUGACAACGAGAGAGUUAAAAAAAGUCGUAUUAAGAACUUAGAGUAACAACAAAAAGACAUUCCAAAAUCUUGUCUUAAUUGUUAGCAAAGAGAACUCGAGCAAUAAAUUUUAAGAGAGCAUGUUACUUAAAUGGAGAGAAAUUUGAAUAGUGCCAAUAAAGAAAUUUAGAAUUUAAAAUAGUUUAUUGAAAUUUAGCAAAAAUAAUAAAAUCAAUAUAAAUCUGGACAGAAUACACAGAAUAUAUCCAACAAUUUUUAGGAUAAAUCUCCUAAAUAAAGUGACUAAGUUAACAGAUUAUAAAGCAAUUCUCUUUAAAAAGCACCUGAUUCCCAAUUAAUAAACAAUUAUUUUAAAUCUCCUAAAAACAGUUAAACAUAAAAAAACUCUCCAAACAACAGUUUCAUUAACAUCUAAAAAGGAAAUUAUGAUCUAAAUAAUUCGAAUCAAGACAAAAAAUCACCCAAAUAGCAAUAAGAUAUUUCUCCUAAUUACUUUACUUCUAAUAGAACUCCUACUAAUUUCUAAAGUAAACUUGAAUAAGAUUACAAUAAUAGAAGUUCUAAUAACUAAAACAGAUCGCCAAGGAUAGUUUAGAACUAACCAGUUCACAAUAAUACUACAAUUAAUUAAAUGCAAAAAGGAAAUAGUGAUCUAAGCAAUACAAGUUUAAAUAAGAAAUAAUCUUAACAAGCUGACAGCUCUCCAAAUAAUUUUGGCAGCAGAACUCCUAAAAAUGUUCAAAGCAAACCUGAUUAAUAAGAUAGCAAUAAAAGCUUAAAUAACAACUAUUUACAAAAAUCUAACAUGGAACUUGUUUACUAAAAUAAUCAAACUCCUAAGCAAUCUUAAAAUUUAAUGAGCAAUAUAUAAAAUAAUAAUCAAAUAAAAAUAUAAAAUGAUGAUUCAAACAAUAUUAGAAAUUUGAUCAGACCUUUAUAGUUUGGAGAAAAUUAUAAUUCACAAGCAUAUUAAAACAAAUCUUCAACACCGAAAUCUAAUUAGAAUACUUCUUUCCCAAAUCAUGCCUAUUCAAGUGUUCAAAAUAAUUCAUAAACACCGAAAGGAAACGUUGAUCUAAAUCAUCAUUUGAAUUAAAUUUAUAAUUAAAAUUAAGGUAACAACUAACCUAACUAUUAAAUUGUUAUAAAUUAAUAUUCAUAGAAACCUAAUUUAGAAAGCAACUAAAUGAAAUCUCCUAAACAAAACAACUCUAAUGUUUAUACUAAUUUAGACACCUUCAAUAGCCUAUAACCAUAAAAAGCAAAGGUUGAUCCAAAUAAUGUAAGCCUGAAAGAUUCCAUUGAAGUAUUUAAAGAAUACCUCCAUGACUAAUAAAUUGAAUCUAUGAAAAAAAAUAAUGAAUCUUUUCAUAACAAUUCUCCUUCAAAAUUAAGCAAAUUGAAUCCAACUCCCUCAUCAAAUAAAUCUUCAAAGAACUAAAAUAUCACCAAUAAAGAUAAAGCAAAAUAGUAGAAUAAUUCACGCACCAACUCUUUAGCCAACAAAAACAAUGCCAAAAUUGCUAACCCAUAAUAUUAAUAGAACCCUAAAUGA